AUGUGGAGGUUUGUGGGAAUCCAUUGGCUGCUAGUUCAGGUGGGACAAUGGUGCUGGGCCCUUGUCGCUGUUCCGCAUUGGCGUGCCGUCGGCGCUGGUGGUUUUUCGUGGGCGUGUGUCAUGUUUCGGAGUUGUGGUGCCGUCGUCGUGGGGUUGCUGGCACCUGUUGUGGUCGUUGUCGACGUGUUGUCGCCGGGUCGACAUCUGUGGCGUGUUGCUUCGGUGACGUGGCUGAGAGCGGUGGCGAUGGCCGAGAGUGGUGGUGGGUGCAGGAUGUUGGCGAGGGGUGGUGGUGGUGGUGGUGGAAGAGAAAGAGAUGGUCACGCAGAUUCUAAUUUCGCUUUUUUGGUAUCCAGUGGAAUCCAGUGGACUAUGACUGGACUCAUAGUCCACUGGACUGGGACUGGACUCAGGAAAGUGGCUUGUAGUCCAUGGACUGGGCAUUGUGCAAGCCAAUCUGGCCUAGCAACUGGGCCACUGGAAUCCAGAUGGAUUACGUGGGGGAUGGUAAAGACCUUGGUAAUCUGGCCCCAUUUCAUUAACCCCGCUUGUCUCACCUGGAAGUGUAGUGCUCUGGAUACCCCUGGCAGUAAUGCGAUAGUCAACACCGCAGCCCUUCAAGUUGCUGCUUGCAGUAGCCAAUCCAGGAAAACACUUCCCUCUAUUGUCAAUCUCACUGUCAACGGCCAACCUAGCAGUAGGAAGCUGCCCUGGGAAGUCAAGUCCCUGUAUUUGUAUAUCGGCUGA